GAUAUUUAUGAUAAAAUAAAAGAAUUCAUAGAGUUUCAACAAAGAUUAUCAAAUGAAAAUCAAGAAAAAGAAUCGAUCAAUUCAUUCAAUAAAGAAAGAGCACAAUUAACAAUUAAAGAUAUCGAACCACAUGAACAUUUAUUUUGGGAAAUAUUUAGAAACAAAUCAAUUUACAAAGAAAUAUUUUCA